AUGGACGUCGUAUUCCUGUUCGAACGGCUGCUUCAACUGAACGCUACGAUGCCCUCUGGCCUGGACGCAGAGUUAUUCAAGUUGGAGAGUGACGAGCUGUGCCAUGCCGAGGGCAUCUACGAGACGUGUGUGCUGAUCCAAGACAAGAUCGAAGAGAGUGAUACGGAGUCGGGGCUGAAGAAAUUCCUGGCGACGUUUAAGAGGAUCUUUGAGCAGGAUGAACCAAAGGAUUGCUGGGAGGCUUUUCGUGAGCUGUACCACUUGAACGACGCUUCUUUCCGACGUGAUAUGACGCGUGCAUUGUGCAUGAUUGAGUCCGUCACGCUGGGCCCCACGAAGCUCGAGCUCGCCUUCCCAACCAAGGCGCCGGAGGGCCCAAAAAUAAUCGUGCCACGUGCGCUGCUGGAGAAGCGAUUCGGAGGAACUCGACGGGAAUGGCGAGAUCUCUCGCAGUUUAACUCCCUCCCGGGAGCAGACAUCGGCCAGAUAGCAAACAAUGAGUCUCAGCAACAGCAGCAGGGCCAUGAACAAACCCAGGAGCAAGAACAAGAGCAACACAUUCCAGACCCCAGUAACUCUGUGAAUGGAGAAUCGACGGAGUCUGUGCACUCCGACAUUUCAGAAGAAGAGCCCGAAGAGCGCCCAGCAUCGUCAAGACCCCCUCGAACAGCAGAAGUUGCCAGAGCUGCUCGUCAAGAAGGUCGCCGCGCAGUUCCUCGUAGAAGGAUGACAAGAGAAGAAAGCGUUGCCAUCGUUAAUCCUGUUCCAAAUGAACGUCAAGGUGGCAGACGCAAAAGAGUGCGUUGGUCGGAAGAAGAGGAAGCAGCGCUCAUCAUGGGCUACCGACUGUACGAGUCGUACUCGAAUGUGUGGGUUCUGAUCAAGUCCAAGUUCCCUGAGGUGCUCCGGCAUCGAUCCAACGUUGACUUGAAGGACAAAUACCGCAACUUGGUCAGAUACGGCAAGAUCCCGCAAGCCAACGACACUGGAGCUACAGACAACGACGCGACCGACGAUAACGCUGGCCCUGAAGACCACAACUAACGUCUUGAUGUUGAAAUUUGAGUUUCAUUUGUUUACAAACUAAAAACAAUCAGACGGAGAAGUCUGAAAAUCCAAACAAACGCACUCGACUUCGUUUCUC